UACAGCAACCUGCGGUUGGCGUAUUCGCUAAUAAAUCGAUAGGUAACAUCGAUGUACGAUGAAACAACGAUUUCUUACAUCACUAGACAAUUGGCGUUCCAAAAAGCGACAACAACAAAACACGGCUUGGUUAUUUUGCUCGGCCAGCGCGCUUUAACACCAUUUAGCACGUGUCCGUGGACACCGGACAGGCCAAAGAUGUCCAACGGGCGCUACGGGAGGUUCGGAGCACUCAUCGGUGUCGCCUGCGUGAACAGCACCCACUGCCGCUUUCUGAUUUACUCAACGAAAAAUGCCGAGGUCCUGGCCUACCAUGAGCUCAAGCUCCGUCAGAUUGUCCACCAGGCGGGCUGGAUGGAGUACGAUCCUGCCGAGAUAUGGAAGAACACACAGGAGUGCAUAGAGACCGCCUAUAAGAACCUGGUUAUACUGGAGAUCAAUCCACAUGAUAUUAUUGCCAUCGGCAUCGUAAAUCAACGCGGAACCUCGGUGUUAUGGAACAAGGAGACGGGACAGCCACUGCACAAUGCAAUCGGCUGGUCAGAUUGCCGCAGUACUCCCAUCCUGAAGAGCCUGCUCCAUAAUGUUCGGCAUAAUGUGGAGUACGUGAGGUAUCGCAGUGGCUUGCCCCUAAGCAGCUGUUUCAGUGCCCUUAAGAUACGCUGGCUGAUGGAUCACGUUCCUUCUGUAGCCACAGCCAUUGAGGAGAACAAGUGCUUAUUCGGCACCUUGGACUCCUGGCUUCUGUGGAACCUCACCGGCGGCGUAGAGACUGGUGUGCACUCUACGGACCUCACCAAUGCCCACUACACCUCCCUUUUGAAUCUGUCCACAGAGCAGUGGGAUCCUAAACUCUGCCAGUUCUUUCGAUUGCCCCUGAACAUACUGCCGCGCAUACGAUCCAACUCCGAAAUCUUCGGCUACGUGCUGGAGGGUCCUUUGCUGGGCGUUCCCAUAGCGGCAAUGAUGGGUGAGCAGCCAGCAAGUUUGCUGGGCCAGCUCUGCGUGAAGGCCGGGCAAAAUGUCUGCACCCUGGACGAUAGCUGUUUCGUGCUUCUUAACACGGGCAGGGAGAAAUUGGACUCAGCAAAUGGACUGAUAACGGGCAUAGCGCACAAGCUGGGCGAAAAAGAGCCCACUAACUACACACUUGAGGGAGCCAUUUCAAAUGCCGGUUCAACUGUGACAUGGCUGCGGGAUAAACUGCAGAUCAAUACUGAGAUUAAUUCCAAUGAUAAUGUGGUGGAGUCUUUGAAUACAUUCAUCGGCGAGAACUCGAUGAUCUCGUCCUCCUGUUCCUCAUCCAUGCUGAAUGCCGAGUGUGGACUGGCGGCCAAGAGGUCGGAGAUAACGUUUGUGCCGGCAUUUCAUGGUUUGUACGCUCCUUACUGGCGGCACGAUGCCAGGGGCAUAAUCUUGGGACUUACCAGCCAGACAACAGCGGAAAACAUCACCCAAGCUGCUUACGAGGCCACCGGGUUCCAGAUCUUUGAAGUGCUACAGGCAUUCAAGCGCGAUACACCCAACUGGGACCGCUCCUGCAUGCAGCCUGUGCUUACGUUCGGCGGCGAUUACGCCGAGAACUCGCAUUUGGUGCAGUUCAUAGCGGACAUCAUCGGCUACAUGCUGGAGCGGCCGCAGACCACCUCGCCUGCUGGCUUGGGCGUUAUGAUAACCGCGGGCGUGACGAUGAAAGUGGUGUCCCUGAAAUAUGCCGUAAAAAUGUACUCCCCGCCCACGGAUGUCUUCUCGCCAACAACUACCAAAAAUCGUCGAGAGCUGCUCUACAGGCGCUGGGAUUAUGCGGUAAAGAAAUGCCUGCACUGGAACAACUACGAGACGUACGAGGCUGAUGUCGAGCUGUUUGCUCAGCGAGAACUUGAUCCCAAUUUGCCUGUUAGACGUUCUAUACCCGGCAGUGUAUUUCUGAUUUCAUCAUUUGCUCUGGUCCUCCUGGCUAACUACUUGAAGAACAAUCCCCUGAAAUAGUAAGAGAAGGGAGCAGUAGGGAAAACGGCAGCUCUAUCUAGUCAACCAAACACGUUUAAAUGUGUGCAUUAAAAUUUAUUGUUUAGUUUAGCAUGUAAUCUUAUAUAGUUCAUUUUAUAUGUAUAUAUAAUCCAUUUAGUUUUUUGCCCGAGUUGUAGAUCAAAAUAUUUGUGAUUCACGUAUAUACAACACUACAGAUAUACAAGUCUUCUUAAGCAUAUGUUCUGAUUUGUUAAUCAUUUAAGCUGUGCGUAUUUUUUUCGCGACCCAAAGACAAUUGUUAAAGCUUUUAAGAAUUGAGCACAAAAGAGGGAAAUCCUGCAUGCGCCAUAGAUGAUAGCCAGGAGAAUGUGAAAGCAAACGGUUGAGAUUGUGUUUUACAAGUGGAGAAAGCGAAGCACAAGUGCCUAGUGUUCGCCAGAUGAAAUCCAUUUGCCGGUUAAUUAGCUUGCUGGUCUCCUCCACGUUGAGAGGCAUUCAUCACUUGCCUCGGGCCGCAGCUCACCACAUUGAAUGAAGCUUAAGUUAUUGCGCUUAUUGUUGACACGCGAAUUGUUGAAGGAGCAGCUGUGCCCGUGCAUUUCAGCCAGCAGCCAAUGUGCACUUGAGCGCGCCUCCCCCGGAACUGGUGAAGGAGUGCGAUGGAAGCCAUGGACGAGCACCCGCGGCUCUUGUCUCUGUUGCCCUUCGUUGUCGUCCAGCGAAGGGAGUCGCGCCGGUGAGGCACUCUUUCAAAUGAGUUUUUAUGUACGAGCGUGGUUAAAUGCCCUACGGAAAUAUGAGUGAGGCUAAUGAUUUGCCAUCGCAAGCUGCAACAGAAUGUUUAAAGCACGGUUACUGACUUAGUAAAGGAUACUAUUAUUUACUUAAUUAUUUAUUAAAAUUACAGAUUGUUUAAAAAUAUAAUUCAUGCUUUUCCCAGAGCUUAUGCUGUAAAAGGGAUAACUACUACGUGAAUUUAAUGUUAUAGUCAGGAAUUUAGAUAACUAU